AUGGAAGGAAGAGCAUAAUCUCCAUGGGAUACAAAACAUAAUUAAUAAGCUAAGCAUCGUAAUCGUCUUUAAAUGAUCGUGUUCAUCACAUUUUCUUGCAGGAAUAAAUAAAGGAAAGAGGAAGAUCUGAUGAUGACUUGGAGCUUGCAUCAUAGAGCAUUGCUUAACAUAAUCAUUCUAACUUUUAACUGAAUAUUUUAGUAGUGUUGUAGCUCUACAAGCUAAGCAUGCGAAGUGCAGAUGCCCUUCUUUUGUUCUUUAUUUAUUGAGUGCGUUGAGACAACGUUUUUACUUGGCUUUAAAGGAGACCAGUCUAUUUUUUCUGAAAUUCGGUGUCAUUCAACAGCAUAAACUAGCAAAAAGGUUUGUAUGCGCUUGGUCUUGUUCCCUUGCCAUUUGUUGGUUAAUUAUUCAUUUAUUCUAUGAAUUUGAUGUUGGGAUAUUUGAAUUUUCCCACUCUGAAUUUGUAACUUCCGAGUCAGUGCAUAGAUGUAAUUCACUGGAAUACCUAUAGAAUAUCUAUGCAUUGUUAGGUGCUUUUCUUCCUUUUUUUUUUUGGUUUAAUUAAUAUGGUUUCAUAACUGUUUCCUCUGGUAUGAAUUCAGGCAGAAAACCAAUUCGACAGAGAGAGCAAGAUGGGAAAUCCUUCAGAAAUGAAGGAAGUCUACCUCGCAACCUUGAGGGAAGACUGGAAAAGCCUGGCUGAAUUCUAUGAGAAACAUAAAGAUCGCCUGUUGACUCCAAUGCGAGUCUCCAAAGAUACUGCAUUUCAUAUGGCUGUCUACAGUGAAGAUGAGAAAUUGCUCAAGGAUCUACUUGCUUCUGCACAGUAUUUGCCUAUGUCCCUGGUUCAUGAGCAUCCCAUUAAUAUUACAAAUGUUUAUAUGGAAACACACCACUGCAUUUAGCAGCCAGCAGAGGAAACUAUGAGGCAGUAAAGCUCUUGGUGGAAGAAUCGCAGAAAAUCCUUGUGGGUGAUUCAGAAAAUGAGAAAAAAGAUAUAAUGUUGAUGAAAAACAAGUUCGGCGAGACCCCAUUGUUUAGAGCUGCUGCGUUUGGUCGGACUAAAAUAGUCAAGUAUUUGACUCCACCUGCACAAAUAGUCAAUGAUGAGCUUUUAUUAGUUCAUCGCCAAAGGAAUGAUGGACAAUCUAUUCUUCAUGUUGCAGUCCUAGGGGAGAAUUUUGAAACUGCUGUGCUGCUUUUAGAACUUGAUAAAUCACUUGGCAGGUUGCCAGACAGCCGGGGGAAAACUUGUCUUGGUUUAUUGGCCGAGAUACCUUCGGCUUUCAAGAGUGGACACUCUAUGAGUAUAUUCAGCCGAUACCUUUACAUGUGUCUUCCGGUUGAAGAUGAGUGUGAUGAGGCCAUCAAUGAAGAUACCUCAAGAGUUUGGGAAGCUAUGGAGAGUGGCCGAAAGAGGAAUACGAAUAGUCGAUUUAGCUACCAUGUCCACAGAGUGUUAGAAUGGAUCAACGGAUCAAUCUGCAGAUUAUCCUUCAAAGGGUGGCCGAUGGUGGAAAGAAUCUGGGAAAAUAAGAGGAAGCAUAAAUUUGCCUUGCAACUGGCAAAAAUGCUAAUAAGGAGUGAUGUUUCGUGGGAUCAAGAUAUUACUGUACAGGGCCUGUAUGGAGCUAGAAUUGGAUGCCCUGUCUCUGGUCCAGCGACAAGACGACGAAAAGUAGAAGACAAGGGGGUAGAUCUUUGGCAUCCUUUGCUUACAGCAACAAAAACAGGAAUACUAGAGGUUGUUUAUGAAAUGCUCAGAGAGCAUCCUCAGUCUGUUGAUCUUCUUAACGAAAAAGGGCAGAACGUAUUGCAUGUAGCUAUAAUGUACAGACGCAAGGAUAUUUUCCAAUUUAUAAAGAGUAACAGGAUAAUAUCGAACAGGAUGAGCUUUGGAAUUGACAAAGAUGGCUACACAUUAUUGCACCAAGUAGCAGACAACACGCAUUACUCUGUAGGAAGCAAGCAUGGUCCUGCACUGCAAUUACAUGAGGAGUUAAAAUGGUUCGCACGUGUCGAGAAGGUCAUCCCUUCUUAUUAUGCCAAGCUCCCCGACUUUAAGCAUAAAAUGACUGCAGAGGAGCUCUUCAAAGAUACGCACAAAGAUCAACUCCGGGACGCACAGCAAUGGGUCAAGGAAACUUCUCAGUCAUGCUCAGCUGUAGCUGUUCUUGUUGCCACCAUUGUCUUUGCUGCUGCCUACACUGUACCUGGUGGUUCAAAUGAUAAGGGCAUUCCAAUUUUCCUCCACAAAAACUUUUUCUUGUUUUUCACCAUCAUGGAUGUGAUCGCCUUAGCAAGCUCCUUGACCUCAGUUGUGAUGUUCCUCUCUAUCCUCACUUCUCCUUUUGAUUACGAAGAUUUUCGUAACUCAAUCCCUCGAAAACUGACUUUGGGAUUCACUUUACUCUUCUUCUCCGUGAUGGCGACCAUGCUUGCUUUCGCUGCUACCAUUUUGCUCAUCGUUCAAUCAGAGAAACAAUUGACAGCAGGUUUGAUUUCAAUUGCCGCAUUUUUUCCCGUCUCCGUGUUUGCGUUGAUGCAGUUCCGUUUGCAUGCUGCAUUCAUGCAUUCCACGAAGGGCAUCCGUAAGGCAAUGAGUAGGUCCCUCCCCUGGUUUGGUGCCCCUUUACUGUUUCGCAAGAGAAAGCAGCGUCGAGAUUUAUUUCAGAAAAAGUAAGUUUCAGAAUCAGAUUAUUACUCUGGAUUUUGAUUUUAAGGUGGGGAUAUUAGUGCCAGUUCAUACCAUCAACUACGUGAGAGAGUAUUAGCAGCUGAUACUCUUUAUCACACGGUCCUACUUGUCAAUCACCUGUUAUAGUCUACCUGCAAUUCCAUUGAAUCUCUAGUGGCUGUGUUUACUGAAGAUUCCUUCGUCAACAUCUGACGCGAGGCCACCAACGUGGCAAAUUCACUUGCUAUGCAAGCACUUCUUUUGGUUAAUAAAUUGAACCUACUGUUCUGUUUUUUUCUGCUACUUCCUUCUGUAGCAUCUGUUCUGCUUAAGCAUCUUUGUGUUUAUUGCUCUGAAAAAAUAAAAUAAAAUGUAAAAGAACUUACUAUUUGCUACUUGGUUCUGGUGUUAAGCACGUCUAGCUAGGUAAACCAGAAUUAUUGGUCCAGCAAUAGUUUGUUUGCUCUGCAUUCAAAU